AUGCCUACAGCCAUGCGCUUCACUACUACGGGAGAGCCUGCCACGAUGGCAGAGGUAUGUAAAUUGGCGUGGCACACAUUUUAUGGCAUGCAAAAAGCUUGCGAGGACUUUGAGAACCUGCGUUUCGAGGUUUGGACCAUCGCCAUCAGUCUGGACUCACUCCAUAGUGUCGGCACGACAUCAUUGUUGAUUGACCGACAACCUGACAAAGCCAGAUGGGCACUAACAUUCUCAAAAAUCUUGUCCUCGUUAGGGGCAGUUUUACGACCAUUGCACAAUCUUGUCAGACAAUAUCUCGGCAGCUCAGCUAAGGAUAGAGCAAGUAUCAAGAAUUGGUUGUUGCACCGCGAUGUUACAUUUGAGGGAGUCACGAUACAAGAUUUCAGACGGAAGCUAUCAAUGUUGGUUGAGACACUCAACGUCUUCCUCUCUUGCCUCACACAUGCCGAGCUCGCUAGGGCACGGGAGACAUCCGAAUCAGAGGAAUUCCGGGUCUUGAGCGAGGUCUCGAAGCAAGUCCUGCAUAAAUGGGAUGCAGAUCUCCCAACGGGAACACAACGGUCCACGGAUAGGUCGACCCGACAGAUGGAAUUUAUUCAAGAAGCCCGAGUCAUGAGCUCACCAGUCCUGCAAAAUGGAUCACCUGGACUUGGACUACAACUUCCUAAUGUUCCACCAUCACCAGCUCAGCUUAGGCAUCCUCAGGAACCCCCUUCACGUCCUCCUCCACCCGGAACGAUGAAUCUUGAGACGAUUGAAAACGGCUUCCGUACUCACAUGCACGCCAUGCGGCGUAUACGGGAACAAUUGCGGCACCAACAAAUCAAUAAUGAUCAUCCUGCGGGUCAGACAUCCCCCCAUUUUCUUGGGGUAGCUGAUAACACUCGAAGCCACGGCUGGGGGGCUCACCCUCCACCGACACCCACAACACCCACUCUACGACAUAACAUGACAGACUCAUCUUCGUCAUCGGAGCACUCUGGAGACUACAUUGAGACCUCCAGCAGUGGCAGCAGCGACCGAAGUCACCACAGCGGCUCGAUUCAGAGCUCUGACGCAAGUAGUGUCCACUCACACCAGCAUUUAAAUACGGUCGAGGAACAAACAAGACCCAUUCCAGUACCACAUCAACAACCUUCCUCUGCACAUAUUCGAAAACGGAAGAGACACCCCGAGUAUCGCUUCAAGACUGGUCUCGAAGCCGAGAACUCCCACUCUAGCGACGGCUCCGGCUCAGAUGAGGCCCCGGAUGGAGGCCACCAUCCUAAAACUGCUCUGGAACGAAUGCUGAGUGUAGUCUUGUUCUUCGAUCAAUAG